GCCACCAACCUCCCGCGCCCCCACCUUCCCUCCGCCCACGCAACAGCGACAUGGAGGGGAGGAGGCGGCGGCGGGGCAGCGGCAGCGGCAACGGCAACGGCAACGCCGCCGCCGCGCCCGCGCCUGCGCCCAAGGUGGUGGCCGUCCUCGCCGGCCUGCUCGAGCGCGCCGCGGCGAGGGGCGACGCCGACACCGCCGAGGCGGAGUACGGCGGCCGGGGCAGCGCGGCGGCGGCGGCUACGGCGUUCCGCGGCCGGACGAGGCCGGAGAUCAGCGUGCGGCGGUACGCGGAGCGGAUAUACCGGUACGCCGGCUGCAGCCCGGCGUGCUUCGUGGUCGCCCACGUCUACCUCGACCGACUCGCGCGUCGGCCGGAGGAGGUGGUGGUAGAGGAUGGAGACUCAUCUCCAUCGCCGUCGCCGGCGGCGGUGUGCGUGGACUCGUACAGCGUGCACCGGCUGCUCAUCACCAGCGUCAUGGUCGCCGCCAAGUUCAUGGACGACAUACACUACAACAACGCAUACUUCGCGCGCGUGGGCGGCGUGGAGGUGGCGGAGAUGAACGGCCUGGAGCUGGAGCUCCUCUUCGCGCUGCGCUUCCGCCUCAACGUCACGCCGGCGACCUUCGCCGCCUACUGCACCGCGCUCGAGGGCGAGAUGGCGGCGGACGACCCCCUCCUCUCGCGGCUCUCCUCGCCGUCGCCGUCGCCGUCGCCGGAGGAGGAGGAGGAGAGUCAGGCGCCGCGACGAAAGGACAGCGCCGCCGCCGCCGCAGCAGGCAGACCGGCGCCGCUGCUCACGGCUGCUCGUCACAGAGCUGUAGCAGUAGAGAUCACCCAAUGACGAACACGACGCCGGCGGCAGAGGAUGGUGCAGGUUGUCGAAGACGGCAUAAUCAAUGGCGUUGGCCAUUGCCUGUCUGUCUGUGAAUGUGAUUGAUUCUUUCAUCGCUUCUUUGUUUUUUUUUUCCCUUUUUCGCUCUCGGAAAUCUGUUUCGUGGUGAUCACGAGCUGUUGUUGCUAGCCAUUGGCAACUCGCUGAUCAUUUCCUUUGUGUAUAAUUGCAAUGUGUUGCAUGAGAUCGGGCUAACCUGUAUAUGAUCAUCUGAAAAAAGCCGUCCUGACUGUACAGUAUCUGAGUAUCAUCAUCUAGGGAAAAAAAAAAAACUCUCGGUUUAGGGCCCAUUUAGUUCUCAUUUUUUUC